CAACAGAAAGAGAAAGUAUUUUCCAGGCGGCUGCUGAUCAAAUCACCAGUUGUUUCUCUUCUUUUCUUUUCUUUUCUUUUUUUGAGUUACAGUGGAUGGUCUAUUCUUUACAUAGUCUUCAGUAUGUUUAGGAAACUCUACUUAGCAGUGACCACUGUUCUGUUUAUUUCUACUUUGAUACCGCGUACAGAGCAACCUAAAGUGAUUGGUUCAACAGUUAAAGCAGCAGUCGGUGAGGAUGUCAUCCUGCCAUGCCACCUGGAUCCCCCAUUUAACGUCACAAAUCUAACAGUAGAGUGGAAAUUCACUGGAAACUUAGUGCAUCUCUAUAGAAGUAGAGAAGAUGAUCUAACUGAUCAACACCUGAACUUCAAAAACAGAACGUCUCUCUUCAAAGAUGAAAUGGUUAAAGGAAACAUUUCAUUAAAACUGACCAAUGUCACAGAAAAUGAUGCAGGAAAUUACACCUGCAAUGUGCCCAAACUGGAAAGUCAGGUCAAACGUGACAUCGUUACCCUCACUGUUGUGAAAGGUGAAGAGAGGGUUGAUCCCAACCAACAGGUGGAGGUGGAGGAGGGGGUGGAGUCUGUCCAGCUGCCCUUCAGAACCACAGGUGACCUGCCUCAAGACGUCAGAGUGGAGUGGACGAACAACGACAACAGGAUGGUCCAUGUGUAUGAGAACGGCUCUGACCGACCUGAAGAACAGGACCAGGUUUACAGAGACCGAACAGAGAUGAAGAAAGACCUGCUGAGAACUGGAGACCUCAGUCUGACCCUGAAACACCCCAAAGUCACAGACACAGGAGAAUACAGAUGUGUGGUGUACAACAGGGAGGGAAACUACAUGAGAGGGAAAACAGUGCAGCUCAAAGUGAAAGACACAGAAAACAAGACAUGGAUUUGGGUUGUGGUUGUGGUUGGUGUCCUUGCAUUUAUCAUUGGAAUCAUCAUUGGAAUCAUCAUUGGAUUCAUCAUCUGUCAUUAUAAACAAAAUCGCAGAGAUGCCAAUUCUCGAUGCAGAGAUCGAACCCAAGACCAGGACCAAAACAAUGCCAAUGAUGGAGGGGAUCCCACAUCUCUUAGAGCCCAGCAGAACAUACCUCUUAGAGCCAUGCAGAGCAAUGACAACAUGGACAACAAUGGAGACAACGUGAACACCUGACAACAACACUGACGAGGACUGCACUGAUAACGACGAUGGCCCUGAUAAUUGAACAUAUCACCUGUUUUGCUGACUCAGAUCCAACAAUAUGAAGGAUAAAUGAUAUUCCUUAUGCUCUUGGAGCUAUUUUUCUUUUUCAUUUUUAUCAUUUCAGCUGUCAUUGUGAGAUAUGCUAUUAUUUGACAUUGUGAUCAUUUUCUCAAGAGAUAAUGUUGUCUAACCUUGGUGGAGGUACGUGAUCUACUGAGUGCUAUUUCAGUUUAACCAUUUUAAUUUUGUGCCUGUUUUUAAAAUCUUUUUUUUCAUAGUGGUGAUCUGUUCUGUGUGUUUUUACCUUGUUUUAUUACUUUCUGAAACAUUUGUUUUGAAAGGUAGUAUGAAGCUUUGUAGACUGUGAAACAUCUGGAUAAAGAAGCUGAGAUGUUGAAACUGUGAUUGUUGUUUGUUAAAAAAAUAUAUUUACUUAAUUUUUACUUAUAUAUAUUACUAAAAAUUUUUUUUUACAAUCAUUGAACACUACUUUAAUCCUCUCACACUCUGAUAAGACCUCUGUUUUAUGCAUUACAACACUGCAGGAUGUGUGUGCACAUAGUGUUCAACUUAAGAAAAAACUUUGAUUUUUUUGAUGAAAAAAAAAAAAAGAUUUUGCUAAUUUGUGAUGUUCUUGGGAAGAAUUUUAUACAAUCUCCAAGUUGUCUUUGCACUGAAUUCUAGUGAGACAGCAGCAUUUACCAAAGACGUAUCAAAUCACUGCAAAGUGCAAACUAUGCAUCAUUUAACUGAAUGAAAUUAACCUUUUAUGACCCUGAGCCAUAACCUGUAUUUGUAUUUGAGUGUGGCAGCUGUCAGAUUAUUACUGUUUUAGCAUAAUCUGUUGUAUACACUGUAAAUAUCUUUUAAAAAUAUCCUCUCCUCUUUAUGUUAGGACAGUAGGUAAGAUGCCUGUAUUUUUAGUUGUUUUUUGUUUGUUGGUGUGGAUGUGCUCUACUUAUCACCUUUUCUACUCUGAUAAAUAAAUCAGUUGUGUUUGGAGUGAAAAUCUGCUGUAGCAC